GAUUCCUUCCGAUCAAUAUCUUUUGUUGGCAUUNGANGAAGUUGGUGUUUUGGAUACGAAUGGAAUUCUUUUNGAACUGGAGAAGAANGACAAAGGUGUGGUUCGACCUUACAANGACUUUUUCGGUAUCAUNAGUCAAUUGUGCAAAGAACCCGACUUGUUUUUUAUAGUUGUUGGGAAAAGCAAGGGUUUAAGUAUNAAGAANGAUGUGGCUUUUGGGCUAUCAAGAGUUAUAUUACAUUUUAUCCCUUUAUCACCUUUGGACGCUUCCAGUAUCGUNGAAUUCCUNGAAAAGAGUCUUCUAAAGACACCUACUCAAGUUCCAGUUUGNAAUGUCUUAUGNAGUUCUUCAUUUUCAGUAAANGAAUUGGCAGAUUCGUUAUUGGAAUGUACAGGUGGAGUUCCUGGUUUGUUGACUCGUGCAGUGAAUAUGCUUUUGAAUUAUGUGGAAAUGAGAAACCAGCCUUUCAUAUCGAAAGAAGAAUGUUUGACGUGUAUGAANGACUACGAUUUCCGAAGAAUUUGUGCNGAACCAUUUUUGGAACGAAUAUUGAAUUUGGACGAGGANAGAAAAAGUGUUUUNGAUAUACUUUUGAUGAUGGCACUUUAUCGUAUACCGUUUCAAGUAGANGACAUAUUGACAUCGGAGUCUUAUCUAUUNGAUGCAGUCACNGAGAUGGGAUUAUAUCGAUAUCCUAUNGACCAGAAUACUUUCCAAAUUCUUAUUCCGAAAGUAUUUGUUGUAAUCUUCAAGAACGACCCUUCCAUAUCUUCUUUGGAAAAGAUACUUCUUGGAUCACUNGAUGUAGAACCAGUAGAUUGUUUCUUCUAUUCAAAGUGUCGUGUAUUNGAAGGAAUUGUUGCUUUACGACUAGUUUUGAUGUUGUCUUCAAAGAAUCGAAANGAGUUGAGGGAAUUGUUGGGUCAAUUGUCUCUGAUAUGGAAACAAAUGAAACUUCCAAUCAGUACAAUAUCACCUAUUCACUAUAUGAAGUCUGUUGUNAGUUCNAGAGAAACAAGAAGNGAAUCGAACAAGAGUCGAAGAACUUUUGCCAGUACNGAAUGGAANAAGAUUAUUCGAGAAACACUUUAUUUAGAGACUAUUUACAUUCCUUUGGACGCUACUUCUCAUAUUCUUACUGUUGGAGUUGCUUGNAAAGGACGUUGGAAGUCGGAAGGAAUUGGCUGGUCAGAUAUUAUAGANGAAGCCAAGAAAUUUUUAGAUCCUGUUUANGAUCAAGUCUUAUCCAGUGCAAUGGAUUAUCAUCAUUGUAUGCUUAUUAUUGUNAGUACAAAGUUAUCAUUGAAUGUUUCNAANGAGUUGGGNAAUCAGAGUCGUUGUUACUCCAGUGGAAUGUUUAUNAGAAANGAUUCGUUCAAAGUACCNGANAAUUCNGAACUUGUUAUUCUUUGNGAAAGAGAUAUGGAAAUGCUGAUNGACGACGAAAUAUUGAAUGGACUNGAAAGAGCAUUUGGUGUUUCUCANAAUCCUACUUUUUGGGAUUUUGGAUUAGAUUUACUNGANAGAAUCCGNAACAGUUUCUUAAGUUGGCAAUAGAUUCUAACUCAAUCCUUCCCUUUGUUUUGAAGAGCAAAUAAACUUUUUUUUGUAUGU